UAUGCGCCCGUUGAUAUUUUCAUCCGCGCUCCUUCUGUUGCUGCUGACCGUCAACGUCAACACGGUCAAAAUCGGUUACCUGCCGUUCUUCAAAGACGCCAACGACGAUGUGAAUUUUUUUGACGCAGUUGAAGUCCUAGUCAGGACUUCCGAUGCCUUGGGGCCGUUAUGUAAAAAUCACAGUUUGUUGUACAUACGGGAGUUGAAGAAGUUCAAGUUGUGGGCAUCGGAGAUGUUUGAUGCAUCUUCAAAGUUCUCAACGGGUAAUUUGGAUGGAUCCACAUAUGAUUUGGGGAACUAUGAUCAAUGCGUGAAAAUCAAGGUGCCGAACGAGUACGGUGAGUUUACGGGAAGGCCGUGUAUGGCCAAAUUUACAGUGGCUCCUCCGGAGAAAUACAAAAAGAAGAAAGUUGACUUUUUGAAUGAUUAUAGAACCUUCUACAAUUUGUCGAUGCUAGACAAAAUAUUCACUCCUUUGGGAAAUCCGUCUAAGGUACCACGUAAUGAGUUUUACUUUACUUAUUGUAUUCCAUCUUCUUGCACCAACGAUGAUUUAGAAAAUAUUUUGGAGGUUCUGAUAAAAAUUAAUACUAUGAAAGAAUUUAAAAUAUCUCUAGAAGUUGAUAAGCGAACUUGUGAACUCAGUCAGCAAUAUCAGAUGGGCGCUGGUGACAUCGCUUUUUUGGUAUUUUUUGUUACACUUCUACUAACCGUUAUUGUUGCGACACUUUUUGAUGCCCCACAUUUGAUUAAAAAUAAAGAUAUCUACGAAAAAGUGGGAAUAACAACAAAAAUUUUAUUAUGUUUUUCCUUCCCACGAAACCUACAAAAACUUGUGACUGUUAAAAAGGAAAGCGACGGUUUGAAUUGCAUAGCAGGAAUAAAAACCAUAACGAUGGGUUUGAUCAUUCUUGGACAUGGUCUCAUGUUUAUCAUUGGAUCACCUCUUCAGAAUCCCGAGUUUAUCGAACAGAUGUAUUCUAGAGUUACCGCUAUGGUUCUUCUCAAUGGACCGGUUGUUGUGGACACAUUCUUUUUGAUUACUGGAUUCUUAACAUCAUAUUAUAUGCUAUUAAAUUCGAGAAACAAGAAAAGUGGUUUUAACCCACUUCAAAUUAUCAAGAUUUAUAUACAUAGAAUAAUUCGACUAACUCCUUCUUAUGCAGUUGUGGUUUUUUUUUACUGUACCAUAUUUGCAAAACUUGGUUCUGGAAUUUUUUGGAAUAAGAAGAUAGUUUUAGAGCAGGAAAGGUGCCAGACUAGUUGGUGGGCUAAUUUACUUUAUAUUAACAAUUACGUAAACAAAGACAAUGUGUGUAUGUUUCAAUCAUGGUACUUAUCAUGCGAGAUCCAUAUGUUCAUCGUGGCAGUAACUCUAGUAAUUUUUCUAUGCAAGAGACCUAAAAUGGCUUUAUAUUUUAUUGGAAGUCUUCUUAUUCUAUCUAUAGUCAUCGUAUUUAUUACUGUUUACAUUUACAACGAAGAAGCAAUACUUCUUUUAUACGUUGAGCUACUUAAAGAUCCAGUGGUCAAUAGUACAUAUAAGUAUGUAUAUACUCCAAGUCAUCUAAGACUGACUCCUUAUCUAAUAGGAGUAAUCGGAGGAUACAUCCGAUAUAAAAUUAAAAAACACAAUUAUCGCUUUACUAAAUCGGUUCAAUAUACGGGUUGGAUUGUUUGUGCUCUUUUGAUGAUGCCCACUUUAUAUACCGGAUAUGUGUUUUAUUCUCAGGAUAUUCCAAAAGAUAUCUUCUUUACUUCAUUGUAUUCAUCUAUGUAUCACUUAACAUGGGGAUUAUCGAUAACUUGGAUGAUUAUUCUAGUUUCAUGUGGUUACGGAGCCUAUGUUAAUGGAUUAUUAGCAUGGGAUCCAUGUGUGGUUUUGAGCAGACUCUCAUACUCAACAUUCUUGGUCCAUGGUUCUAUACAGAUGUUUUGGGCGGCUUCUAUAAGAACUCCAGUUUUUACUGAUUAUUACUCAGCAAUACAUUUAACUUGCGCUCAUUUGUUGAUGUCUUUUACUGUAGGAUGGUUGUUAACUAUGUUCGUCGAAUCUCCAGUGCUUGCCUUAGAAAAACUCAUGUUUCGAAGAAAAGAAAAAGUAUCAGAAUCAACAGAAACAUUAGAAGCUAAAGUUGAGGAGAAAGACCUGAUGAAUCCAAAGUUCCACGUUAUAACACAUAUGUAAUAUAAUUCUAAAAGUCUAAAAGUCUGAUAUCGUUCUUUUAAGUUAAUUUAGUUUUCAUAUGAUUCGUUGUAGAAUUUUAUGUAUUUAUAUAAAGAAAUUAUUUACUGCUAAUAGUGUAAGUAUUGAUACAUUGUAUAUAGAAAUAAAAUGUCACAAAUAAAAUUAAUUUAAAACUAA